AGAGGUACAAGAACAUACAAUCAAUACUAGAAGAAAUCCUGGUGAAUUUCACAUUAAUGAUGUAAUUUUAUUUUGUAAUUUUGUGGCCAAUGUUGAUUGGGCACAUAGACUUCAUGAGUGA